UACAGCAGGGUGGUGCAACUUUUUGGUCGUGUCCGCAAUCGGGCUCAUCCAACACCUUCCCUGAAAUUUUGAAACUUUAGUUUCUGUAAAUAAACAGAAAAAUGCCUCCCAAAUUCGAUCCAACAGCAGUUCACGUCGUGUAUCUGCGUGUUGUGGGAGGAGAAGUGGGAGCCACGUCAUCAUUGGCUCCUAAAAUUGGACCUCUUGGAUUGUCUCCAAAGAAAAUUGGUGAUGACAUUGCCAAGGCUACCAGUGACUGGAAGGGUUUGAGAAUAACGGUGAAGCUCACGAUUCAGAACCGUCAGGCUACAGUGAGUGUGGUGCCUAGUGCCUCCUCUCUCAUUAUCAAGGCUCUUAAGGAGCCACAGAGGGACAGAAAGAAGGUCAAACAUGUUAAGCAUAGUGGCAACAUCUCCUUCAAUGAUGUACUGGGUAUUGCCAGAACCAUGAGAGAGAGGAGUAUGGCAAAAACCCUGGCUGGAACAGUGAAAGAGGUCUUAGGUACAGCUCAGUCUGUUGGUUGUACUGUUGAUGGAAGUGCACCACAUGACGUCAUUGAUAACAUCAACAGCGGGGAUUGUGAAGUCCCAGACGAGUAAAGACAAAGAAGCACUGCACAGAUCCGAAAUAAACUGUGAAAGUGUA